UCUCUAUCCCUUUCAUUUUUCUCUCUCUCUCUCUCUCUCUCAAGGUUCUCUUUGUCCCUUAUCACCUCACGUUCUCACUUUCUCGCCCCAUACAGGUUUUCCACCAGCCAAGGAACGGAUAGAAAAACUUUCAGAGGCACCGAGGAGGGAGAAGACACAGACAGACUCACACACUCUCAGCUCCACAGACUCACGAAUCUCGCUUCCAUGGCCUCACUCUUCCCUCUCAAUCGCCGCCCUCUCCUCUGAACUCAUUUCCUCUCGCCGCUACCUUCUCUCCUCCCCGCCGCCCUCGCCGGAGCUCCGCCCGAGCCCUAGGCUGCCGCGAUUCGCCUGCCGUCUGCGCUUUCUUCUUCGAUCUGUGGCCGUCGCGUGCUUCAGCUCCGCGAACCCUAGAUUUGUGUCUGCCGCGGCGUGGUUUGCGUUUCCGUGGGCCCUAGGUUUUGUUUUCUGUGGCUGCCCAUGCUAUUGGGUUGGUUUUGAUGCCGCCGGAACCAUUGCCUUGGGAUCGAAAGGACUUCUUCAAGGAGAGGAAGCACGAGCGGUCGGAGUCGCUAGGGUCCGUCGCCAGAUGGAGGGACUCGUCGCACCACCGCGACUUCAACCGCUGGGGAUCCGCCGAGUUCCGCCGCCCGCCAGGUCAUGGUAAGCAGGGUGGUUGGCACCUGUUUUCCGAGGAAUCUGCUCACGGGUAUGGGAUUUCUCGGUCCAGCAGUGACAAGAUACUGGAGGAAGACAGUCGGCCGUCGAUUUCACGGGGCGAUGGGAAGUAUGGCAGGAGCAGUCGGGACAACAGAGGACCCUUUGGCCAGAGAGAUUGGAGAGGGCAUUCGUGGGAGCCCAACAAUGGUUCUCUAAGUUUUCCCAGAAGGCCGCCGGAUGCGAACAACGACACGAGGGCUGUAGAUGAUGCCCUAGCAUAUUCCUCCCAUCCGCACUCUGAUUUCGGGAACGCGUGGGAUCAGCACCACAUGAAAGACCAGCAUGAUAAGAUGGGUGGUGCCAAUGGGUUGGGAGCAGGUCCCAGAUGUGAUAGGGAGAACUCUCUUGGAGACUGGAAGCCACUUAAAUGGACCCGAUCUGGGAGCUUGUCCUCUCGCGGCUCAGGGUUUAGCCACUCCAGUAGCUCAAGGAGCAUGGGAGGAGCAGAUUCCCAUGAAAUGAAGGCUGAGUUUCAACCCAAGAGUGCUGCAGCUAAUGAGUCACAUUCAGGGGAAGCUGCUGCAUGUGCAACAUCAUCUUUGCCUUCUGAAGAUGCCACUUCUAGAAAAAAGCCCAGGCUGAAUUGGGGUGAGGGACUUGCAAAGUAUGAGAAAAAGAAAGUUGAGGUGCCUGAUACAAAUGCAAACAAAGAUGGUCCUGUCUUGUCUGCUGGUAACACAGAACCGUGUAAUUUCCUCAGUCCCAGCUUGGUAGAAAAAAGCCCCAAAGUUGCUGGAUUUUCUGAAUGUGCAUCUCCUGCAACUCCAUCUUCUGUUGCCUGCAGUUCCUCACCUGCAGGUAUGGAUGAUAAAUUAUUUGGAAAGACUGCAAAUGUGGACAAUGAUGUUAGUAAUUUGACUCUUUCACCUGCUCCUGUGUCUGAAAAUCAUCUGCAGAGGUUUUCUUUUAACUUAGAGAAAUUUGAUAUUGGCUCCUUAAAUAAUUUGGGUUCUUCAAUUAUUGAGUUGGUACAAUCUGAUGAUCCAACUUCUGUGGAUUCUGGUCCAAUGAGGUCCAAUGCAAUUAAUAAGUUGCUGAUAUGGAAAGCUGACAUUUCAAAGGUGUUGGAGAUGACUGAAUCUGAAAUAGAUUUACUUGAAAAUGAAUUGAAGUCGCUAAAAUCUAAAUCUGUGAAUACAUGUCCAUGUCCAGUAGCCUUGGGCUCCCAGAUGGUAGGUAGUGAUGAAAAAUCCUCUGAAGAGCAUGUUGGAGUCUCUGAUCAGGUCAUCCGACCAGUACCGUUGAAAAUUGUUGAUGAUCCCAAUGUGAAGAUGCCUCUUUCAACUAAUUUACAUAGUAUUCAUGAAAAUUGCAAGGAAGAGGAUAUUGAUAGUCCUGGAACAGCAACUUCAAAAUUUGUUGAGCCUCUGCCUUUAAUUAAUGCAGUUUCUUGCGAUACCGGUGGAUAUGAUAAUUUCUCCAGGGACUUGGAUGCUGUUCAGCCCACAGCUGUGAAAGGCCUAGUUCCCUGUACUACUAGGAAAGCUGCUACUGUAUCUGCUUGUGUUGAUGGCAAUACCUGCAUGGAGCAAAAGGAUAGCAUGGAUGUUUUAUAUAAUACAAUUAUUUCUUCGAAUAAAGAAUCUGCUAACAGAGCUAGUGAGGUAUUUGCUAAGUUAUUGCCCAAUGAUUGUUGCAAGAUUGGGAAGAUGGGAGCCAGCAGUGACCCAUGUACUCAUACAUUCAUUAUGGAAAAAUUUGCUGAGAAAAAGCGAUUUGCAAGAUUUAAGGAGAGAGUUAUUGCACUUAAGUUCAGAGCCUUGCAUCACCUGUGGAAAGAGGAUAUGCGUUUGCUGUCCAUUAAGAAAUGCCGACCAAAAUCUCACAAAAAAAAUGAACUUAGUGUGCGAACUACCUGUAAUGGUAGCCAGAAGAAUCGAUCUUCCCUUCGAUCUCGUUUUCCCUUUCCUGCAGGAAAUCAAUUAAGCUUGGUUCCAACAUCAGAGAUAAUUAGUUUCACUAGCAAACUGCUUUCAGAGUCCCAAGUUAAAGUGCAGAGAAGCACCCUGAAGAUGCCAUCAUUAAUUUUGGAUGAAAAAGAGAAGAUCACUUCAAAGUUUGUAACUAGUAAUGGGCUGGUUGAAGAUCCAUUGGCUAUUGAGAAAGAAAGGACUAUGAUUAAUCCUUGGACAUCAGAAGAGAGAGAAGUUUUCUUGGAGAAAUUUGCUGCAUUUGGAAAAGAUUUUCGGAAAAUUGCUUCUUUUCUCGACCACAAGACAACUGCUGACUGUGUUGAAUUCUACUACAAGAAUCAUAAAUCUGAUUGUUUUGAGAAACUUAAGAAGCAAAAUGUUGAUAAGCUAGGGAAAUCGUUUUCAGCUAAAACUGACAUGGUGGCAUCAGGUAAAAAGUGGACCCGUGAAUUGAAUGCUGCUUCACUUGAGAUUUUGAGUGCAGCUUCACUGAUGGCAGAUGGCAUUGCAGGUAAUAAAAAAAUGCGUGCAGGAAGCACUCUUUUGGGUGGAUAUGGUAAAGUAAAGGCAUCAAGGGGUGAAGACUUCAUAGAGAAAUCAAGCAGUUUUGACAUUCUUGGGGAUGAAAGAGAGACUGCUGCUGCAGCUGAUGUAUUGGCUGGUAUAUGUGGUUCUCUUUCAUCUGAGGCUAUGAGUUCCUGCAUAACAAGUUCAGUUGAUCCCGUAGAAGGUAACAGGGAUAGGAAGUUUUUGAAAGUGAGCCCUUUAUGCAAACCGCCUAUGACACCUGAUGUUACUCAGGAUAUUGAUGAUGAGACUUGUUCAGAUGAGAGCUGUGGUGAAAUGGAUCCUAUAGAUUGGACUGAUGAUGAGAAAGCUGCUUUUCUUCAGGCUGUAUCAUCUUUUGGGAAGGAUUUUGCAAAGAUAGCACGUUGUGUUAGGACAAGGUCUGAGGAACAGUGCAAAGUUUUCUUCAGCAAGGGUCGGAAAUGCCUUGGCUUAGAUCUCAUGCGCCCAAUACCCGAGAAUGUUGGAUCCCCGGUGAAUGAUGAUGCAAAUGGGGGUGAGAGUGACACAGAUGAUGCAUGUGUUGUUGAGACAGGCUCAGCAGUUGGAACUGAUAAGUCUGGUACUAAAACAGACGAGGACCUGCCUUUGUAUGGCAUGAAUACUUACGUUGAUGAAUCCAAUCCUGUUGAAGCUAGGAACCUGUCAACUGAAUUGCAUGAAUCAAAGGAAACUAAUGGGACAGAAGUAGAUCUUGAAGAUGCAAAUGUAGUUUUGGAUGUUUGUGCAAUUAAUAGUGAAUCUGAACGGGACAGUAGACAAGCAACUAUAAUUAUGUCAGAUAGCACAGAAGUUGGAAAAGAUAAAGCAAAUAAAUUGGGGGGUGAAGCUUCAGAAUUGAUAUCUGCUCCAGAUGUAAGUGAACCAUGCGAGAGUAAUUCUGUUGCCGAGGAUAGAGUGGUGAUUUCAGAGGUUUCUUCUGGUGGUCUUGGAAAUGAAUUGGAGAGGCAAAGAGUGUCUUCACCCUCAUGUCUUGAUAGAGAUAAUAAACAUGAAGCUGAUUCAGGUGUCAUGGCUGAUUUAAAAGGCUCUGUGCAAGAUUUAAGUCCUAUGGUAAAUGCUUCAUUCCCAUCUUUGGGCAAUUCUUGUUCAGGAUUGAGUUUUAGUCCUGAAAAUAAGCAUGUGCCCCUUGGAAAGCCUCUUGUCUCCGCAUUGACCAUUGAGGAUCUUCGUGCAACUUCAAAUUCAUUGUUGCAAAAUAAUGUUGCUGCUGAUGUUCAAUGCGAAAAAACAGCUAGUCAAGAUCGACUGUCCUCUACUUGUGAUAUUCAAGGAAGUAGAGAUGUGCACUGCCAGAAUUCCGUUAGUAAUGGUGAUCAUCAGCUCCCUAUUACUGGGAAUUCAUCAGACCAUAUUGAUGCUGUUAGCAUCCUUCAGGGCUAUCCCUUGCAAGUUCCCAUUAAGAAAGAAAUGAAUGGUGAUAUGAAUUCCAGCAGUUCAGGAACAGAAUUGCCUCUUCUGUCACAAAAGAUUGAACAGGUCGAUGGUCAUACCAAAACACUGCAGUCAUCAGAUUCAGAUAAAACAUCCCGAAAUGGUGAUGUGAAACUGUUCGGGAAGAUACUAACCAAUUCAUCAUCCGCACAGAAACCUAGUGUGGGUGCUAAAGGAAGUGAAGAAAAUGGUACCCAUCAUCCUAAGUUAAGCAGCAAAUCGUCUGGUCUGAAAUUUACUGGCCACCAUAGUGCAGAUGGGAAUUUGAAAAUUUUGAAAUUCGACCGUAGUGAUUAUGUUGGCCUUGAAAAUGUUCCCAUGAGGAGUUAUGGUUAUUGGGAUGGAAACAGAAUACAGACUGGUCUCUCGUCAUUGCCCGAUUCUGCCAUCUUGCUAGCAAAGUAUCCAGCUGCCUUCAGUAAUUAUCCCACAUCUUCUGCCAAAUUGGAGCAGCAACCAUCACUGCAGGCAUUUUCGAAGAAUAAUGAACGGCUCCUGAAUGGUGCAUCCACUUUUACGACUAGAGAAGUGAAUGGCAGCAAUGCCGUGAUUGAUUAUCAGAUGUAUAGAAGGGAUGGUCCAAAAGUGCAGCCAUUUAUGGUAGACGUGAAGCACUGUCAAGAUGUGUUCUCAGAGAUGCAGAGAAGAAAUGGUUUUGAAGCAAUAUCAAGUUUACAGCAGCAGGGCAGGGGGAUGAUGGGAAUGAAUGGUGUGGGAAGACCGGGGAUUGUUGUAGGAGGGUCAUGCAGUGGUGUCUCGGAUCCUGUGGCAGCAAUCAAAAUGCAUUAUUCCAAUUCUGGUGGUCAGACUGGGAGUAUUGCAAGAGAGGAUGAAUCUUGGGGAGGGAAAGGGGACUAAGGCAGGUAGUAGGAUGUGCUGAGCGGCAAACACCUCAUUUUGCCGCGCCCUGUAUUAUAGUUUUUGUUAUUGCUCAAUACAGUGUAGGGUGAUUUAAUGGUUCUCAAGCCCGUCUUUUUUGGUAAAAUAUUUAGGUGCUUGUAAUAUGGCAGCAGCUUUGUAUUUGUUGUAUUUGAUGAAAAUACAGAAAUAAUCUCUCAAAAAGUUAGGAGGGGCGAUUGCCAUUAUCAUUGCCAAUUCUGGAAUUCUAACAAAUCACUCCUUACUUGUCUGGAUAUUUGUUUUGACUGUAAGUGAGUAGGGUUUAAGAUGGUUGGUUACUUUUAACUCUACCCGUAGUUGCCCUUUUUGGGUCGUGACUCAGCAGCGUGUAUCUGUUUCUCACCAACAGGUUGAGUGUUUGAGGUACUGUUUGUCCUGCGUCCAUUCUGACGAGUAUAGUAUUUUUCCUGUAGGGAUCUGCUAUAUAGAUCGAGACAUUUUUUUUGACAAAUACUGUUGGAUGAAUUCUGCAAUCUGUUACUCCUGCCUUCAACAAUUAUAAAAGUCAAACCAAUAUUUUAACAA